AUGGCUUCCAGCUUCUGCACCUCCGCGGGUUCUGUUAAGGGUUGGGCUCGGGCACCCUCCGUCUGCUCUACCGGCGCCACUUACCGCCCGGAGACCUACCUGUCCCACUUCUGCCAACCACUGGGCUGCGUGUCCAGCCCCUGCAGGCCUGGAGGCUCCUUGCCCAAGUCCUUCCUAGCCACAACCUGCCACCCAGGUAGCCGCCUGCCGGGGUCAUGUCCCCUGCCUUGCUCGGUUGGGGGGUCCAGCUGGUAUUGCGAUGCCAGCCUCCAGAGCAGCGAGAAGGAGACCAUGCAGAUGCUCAAUGAUCGUCUGGCCAACUACUUGGAGAAGGUGCGCCAGCUGGAGCGAGAGAACGCCGAGCUGGAUACCAAGAUCCGCGACUCCUGUCAGGCCCAAAUGCCCACCAUGGGCCCCGACUACCAGUCCUACUUCCGAACCAUUGAGGAGUUGCAACAGAAGGUCCUGUGCACCAAGGCGGACAAUGCCCGGCUGGUGGUGCAGAUCGAUAACGCCAAGCUGGCCGCGGAUGACUUCCGCACCAAAUACGAGACGGAACUGACCCUCCGCCAGCUGGUGGAGGCCGACAUCAACGGUCUGCGCCGCAUCCUGGAUGAGCUGACCCUGUGCAAGGCUGACCUGGAGGCCCAGGUGGAGUCGCUGAAGGAGGAAUUGCUCUGUCUGCGGAAGAACCAUGAGGAGGAGGUGAAUGCGCUGCGCUGCCAGCUCGGAGACCGGCUCAACAUAGAGGUGGACGUGGCCCCUCCUGUGGACCUGAACCGGAUUCUGGAAGAGAUGCGGGCCCAGUACGAGGGGCUGGUGGAGAACAAUCGGAGAGAUGUGGAGCAGUGGUUCAAUACUCAGAUGGACGAGCUGAACCAGCAGGUGGUAACCAGCUCAGAGCAGCUGCAGUGCUGCCAGUCGGAUAUCAUUGAGCUGAGACGCACCGUCAAUGCACUGGAGAUUGAGCUGCAGGCUCAGCACAGCAUGAGAAACUCCCUUGAGUCCACGCUGGCGGAGACCGAGGGCCGCUACGGCUCCCAGCUGGCCCAGAUGCAAGGCCUGAUUGGCAACGUGGAAGCGCAGCUGGCGGACAUCCGGUGUGACCUGGAGCGGCAGAACCAGGAGUACCAGCUGCUGCUGGACGUCAAGGCCCGGUUGGAGGGGGAGAUAACCACCUACCGCCGACUGCUGGAAAGCGAGGACUGCAAACUUCCCAGCCACCCGUGCACCACUCCCUGUGUGCCCUGCGGGCCCCGCCCGGUCUGUGCACCGUGUACCCCCUGCGGCCCCGGGCGAUACUAA